AUGCCAGAGCCAGAAAUUUUUCCCAGCAUCACCGACCAGACUUUCGAUGUUGACCUGACCUUGUUCUUCCGGUAUCCGGACUUUGAGGAUGCAUUCGAAGCUGACGUGGUGAACGUCUCCGGCUCUUUGACCUUCUCCAACCAGGUUAACUACGAGAAUUCCCCGGAUCCGAACGGCCGCUUCGUCAUCGCAACAUACUCGGGUCUUACGGCAUCUCCAGCGAUUCUCGAAAUACCAUCGACGUUUCGAGAGAUUUGUGCCUACACCAGCGACAAGAAGUCGCUGGUGUGCUCUCGCCUCGUUGAUGCCAGUCUUGACGACCGCGACAUGGGUUCCUUCGGGCCUUAUGCCUUCACCGAGACGUUCACCUUUGUUUUUGCCGAGGUGAACGGUCUCUUCGCUCUUCAUGAUGAUGAUGCAAAUGCCUUUGUGGAGGCGCUGGUCCGGUUCGGAAUCGCGGAGGCCGAGGCCGAGGCGUUCGCCGCUGUCUACUUUGGCGACAACGGAGCCGAAAGCGGAGCGCUGGCUACGGCCAUCGCUUUAGUUGAAGGUCUCAGGGCAGCAACGGACAAGAAUCGACGCUUUACAGACCUGAUCCGCUUGGAGCAGGUUGAGUGCCGGGAGUUCCUCGACUGGACUACUUGUGUACCCUCCUUGCUCCGCUUUGCAAAUCCUGGCCGCGGCUCCUUCCUUGGCAAGGUGGAGCAGGAAGGCGAGGAGGAGGCGAAGGAAGCUUUGGAUGCGGUGGCCGUGGGCAGCGCAGUUCGGCAGGGAUGCCAUCUGCCCGAGCUCACCCCAAGCGUUGCCAUGCCCGCCUCGUGCAGUUGCGCUGCGGGGGAGUUCCCAAGCUUCCUGGACUCAGGCAGCUUCUCGCUGACGCUCACGGAGUUCCACCGUUUCGAAUUUCCGGGCGCAUUGAACGCAACUAACGCAACCGUGGAGCAGAAAAAUGUCGAAGUCCAGGUCAAGAGCCAAAAGAACGAGCAAGGACUCCCGCAGAGCACCGGCCGCUUCGUUUUGCUCAGGUUGGCUGACGAACAGGUUUCUACGGCAGUCUGUGCCUACGCACGCGAUCAGAGCUCCCUCGUGUGUGCCAGGUCAAGCUUACUUUUGCAAUCAGUGGAAGUCAAUGCCAUGAUUAGUUUGUCGAAGUUCAUCAGCGUGGCUGACUUCGACAACGCAGACGGCGCAGUAAUUGAGCAAGCGGCAUACGCCGCCGCCGACGCCUUCAGCGUUCUGGGCCUCGACAGCAACGCUGAGUUCACCAUGGAGCUUUCCGUGUCCGACUGCAUUCCGAACACGUGCGCGGUCAAGGCUGUAGAACUGCUCCCUGCUGGCCGUGGCACGUUGUUGAACUAUGUGCAGAUCGUCAACGAGACAACAAAUGAAGUUAGUCCCGUGGGUGUCUCGCAGGCUGUGGUGGCCCUGGGGAAUAUGACAGGCGAUUCAUCAUAA